CUUGUAAGAUGUAAGUUGUAGAUAUCUGUGUUUUUUAUAAUAUUUAUUAAAAAAAACGGGUUUUAAUGACUUCAAUUUUUCUUCAAUUUCAUUUAUGUUUGCUGUUAAGCCUAAAAAAAGAAAAACAUUUGAUAAUAUUAAAUAAUAAAUAUGAACGAUGAAUCCUGGACAUCGAAAGACGCCCUUUAUCGGGACCUUGCGAGAGCUCAAGGAGGGGCUCCUAUAGCAAUAACUGACCCUUUGCUAUACCACGAAACACCCACAAGAGAAUAUGACGAAGAAAAUGAUUUGGAAUACCAAUUUAGAGAUGCUAGUGCAACAACAGAUUUUAGUAAAGGCCCAGAUUUACAAAUGAUUAUGCAAAUGCUGGAAAUGGUAAAUGAUUAUGAUGUGACAACUGAGAGUCAACCUGUUGAAAUCGUAAAACUAAAUCCAUUAUCUAAAGUCUUUGUGCCCAAAUCUUCUGGAGAUGCCUCAGAUAGAGAUGUACCGGAGCAGAAAAGCACUGCAAGAAAGAAAACCCGUAAUGCCGCAAUUGAGUCUAUUAUUAAAGCACAAGAAGAAUCUUUAAAUCUAAGAGAAACAAGCAAAUACAAACCCAUACCUUUAAAAAAUAAAUUAAAAACUGAAAAUAUUAAGCAAAAUAUUACUACUGAAAAAUCGCAAAAUGGACUAAAACCUAUUGUAUAUGAUAGUAGUAUGGCAUCAAGUAUGUUUAAGAAGAAAACAGUAUUGAAUAAGUCAAGUAAAAGUCCAGAUACUUCGAAAGCAUCUCCCGAAAUUCUUAAAACCAAUACAUUUGUUCCUUCAAAGGUAGCAAAUUCAUAUUAUGAGAAAUUUGUUGAAUUUAAUGAGACAAAAGAAGAAGAAAACAACCUUUGGACAUUAGUACAAAAGAAGUUAAAGGAGUCGGAGAAAAGAAAACGCCGCGAAGCAGAGCAGACCUCGAGUUGUACACAGAAAUCUGGAGAAGCUUCUUCGCCACCUUUGGUUCAGGAGUCUAGUAAUGAAGAAGAAGGACGAUAGCGACGACGACAUAUUUCCCACAGAGCAAGAUUACUUUAACUGUCAAAGCAAGAUUGAUACAGCAUUACUUUUGACGUGUAUCAAGGAAAAAAUCCAUUUCAAUAUCGAGAUUAAAGAAAUCUUUCUAUGAAUCUUCGACUCUGUUGACAGUUAUAGAGUAGAUUAUUAAACAUCCUUAGAUAUAAGAAAUAAUUGUACCAAAAAAAUACUGAAUUUUUAAUAUUUACCUAAUUAGUUGACAAGGAAACACUGAUCCACUUUAUCAUAAACAUACAAAUAAACCUUUAUCAUAAAAAUCAAAUAACUAUUGAAUGUUUUGUCCCUUUUGUACAUAAUUUGAUAAAUUUGUCCAUUUUAUGCGAAAUAUAUAUAACGUAUUGAAUUUUGACAUGACUGAUCUCAACUCUUAAUUAAGAAUAUUGAUUAUGGUAGUAGGUAUUAUCAUUGAUGCUUAUAUAAGGUAUCUAUUUCGAUUGUUUGUAAAAAAUUUGGCCGAAAUGUUUCUAAACGUUCUAAAAGCGUUAAAAAAAACUUUACACAAAGACGUGUAAUUUAAGACGAUAAAUGGACGAAACAGACUUUACCAAGCUUUAUAUUUAUUACGCGGGAAAGAAUAUGAAGAUUUUUCUCUUCAAGGACUGAUGUAAUAUAACUUAAGUAAUUCUUAAUAGUUCUUAAAAAGUAUCGAUCGACGUUCAGUUUUGCGGUCAUUUGGGCCUCCAAGAAGAUUAGUGAGCUCAGCAAGGCAAAACGGUAUUUCACUGCCAUCACUUCCUUCACUUCCUUCCAUUGGGUCGAAAUCGGUCUGUUCUUAAAAAAAAUAGUACGACUACAUGUUUCUUUUUAAAAUAAUAAGGCUGCCCUCAUUAUACUCAAUACUUCUAAAAGAAGUCAAAAGCAGACAAAUACGACUUUGUUUUGCUAAAAUAAUUUUAUUGGAUAUGUGUUGAUAUGAUAAUGAUAUUGAUUCCUACCACUCAUAUCGCCACUGCAAGCAUUCAAUUUUUAAAAUUUGAAAUCGAUUUAGGGCGAUAUAGGAAUUGAUCUGUUCAGGGUAAUUAUAUUUUUAAUCUAUUUAAUAUAUGAAUUUUAAAAAUUAUAACGGAAAUAAACGUGAUAUUACUAUUUAAAAUGAUAUAGUUAUUCAUUGUACGACAAGGAUUUUUUUUAGGUUUAGUGCUUAGACAGGUUUUUUACUUAGAAUCAAAGUAGCUUAAUUCUAGCUAUAAUUGAGGCCAAAACUAUUUGCAAAAGAAAUGCUUUCUGUCACAUUAACAAAAGAUAUCAAAUUGUACAGAUUUACAUGAAAAUCUUAAUACUUAAAUAUGUUCGCUUUAUGCACAAAAAUCUCUCACAUUAUGGCGUUAGAAAUUUACUUGGAAGAUUUAAACCAGAGUUCUCUGAACUUUUUUGUGUCGUAGACCCCUUGUCAUGUUUUUUUAUGUUGGGUAGACACUAUACACCCCUAUUUACCUGAUAUUGAUUUCCUGUAAAUUCUAACUGUAGUUGAAGUUUAAUGUUUAAAACUUAAAGUAAAAACACAUGUUAAUUUAUAGAUUUAAAAAUUGAAUUGAUUUUUUUUACAUGUUCAAAAUGUAUUCCGACCACAAAGCGAAUACCAACAUCCUACAGCUUACACAAUUUUAUAAACAUAAAUAAUAUUUUUUUUAAUUCAUAGGUACUUUUAUGAAUAAUGUACAUGUUUUGACAUAAGAUAGUAUGACGUAAUUAAAUAGGUACUAUCAGUGUAUGUAGAUCCACUAUCUAAUCAUAGAUUAAGUUAUUAUUAUUUUAUCCAAUAGCUUCUCUAAACAUUCAAACUAAUUGGUCAUAGCAUGGAACAUUAAAAAAAAUGCGAGUUGAAUCAAACUGUACUAAAAGUGUUUUAUGAAAUGUACCGGAAAAAUUGUCUUAGUUAUAGAAAUGAUGUAUAUGUAUGAAAUAGACGUAGCUUGAUGAGUGCAGUAUUGUAAUAGUCCAAUGUUUCCAUGUCAAUUUGAUUUGAAUUAAAUCUUACCACAAUUCAAUGUUUA